AUGGAUCUUCGCCGCACUGGCUAUUCCGUGGAAAACGAUAUCGCGUCGAUAGAGCGCGAUACGUCGAAAAAACUGUGCGGCCAGCCCGCGAAUUCUCGCUCGUCUAGAGCCGCGGCGUCCGGCAAAAAUCGCGUCGGCCGCAUCGCGGAGGCAUCCGUCCGUCCGCGAUAUAAAUUAUUCCCGCGGACCCGCGUAUGUAUUAAUUCGGGGCCGGGA